AUGCGUCUGUUGAGAAUUGACAGCUCUGGUGCACUCCAAUUUACUGGGGAUCUGACCGAGGUUCCACCCUAUGCCAUACUCUCCCAUACAUGGGGACCAGAUGGAGACGAAGUCACCUACGACGACUUUGUCAGUGGAGCGUACCAUCGCAAGGCUGGAUACGCCAAGAUACAGUUCUGCGGUAUCCAGGCCCGGAGAGACAAUCUGGAAUAUUUUUGGGUUGAUUCCUGCUGUAUCGACAAGAAAAAUUUCACCGAGCUCUCAGAAGCGAUCACCUCUAUGUUUCGCUGGUAUGCUAAUGCAGUGAAAUGCUAUGUGUACCUACCAGAUGUCUCAACCGGGAUGCAAGGCCACAACCAGACCGGACCAGGUUGGCACUCAUCAUUUCAAAGCAGCAGAUGGUUUACACGUGGGUGGACUCUUCAGGAGUUGCUUGCUCCGAAGACGGUAGAGUUCUUCUCGAGAGAGGGGAAGCUACUAGGUGACAGAGUCUCGCUUGAAGUGGCUAUUCAAAAAACCACUGGAAUUCCUCUUGCUGCUCUUAGGGGCGCUCCACUCGCCGACUUCACCAUCGAAGAGCGUAUGGGAUGGGCUGAGGAACGCAACACCAAGAAGAAGGAAGAUCGCGCUUACUGUCUUCUGGGCAUUUUCGACAUCUUCAUGCCCUUGAUAUACGGAGAGGGGGAUAACGCAUUCGCCCGACUCAGAGAUGCGAUCCAUCAGUCAAUCCUCAGCGGCGAAAACAGACGGAGAGUUAUUGCUCCUGGCUUAGGCAUGGCCAAGGUGUGUUUUGGAUCAAGGGCAAGCCAGGCUCAGGCAAAAGCACUUUCAUGA